UUCUGUCACAAACAUAUGAUGAGCAUGUGUGCAGCACACAGCGAACGAAGAAGAUGAAGUACGCUAAGAAACAAACCCAAGCCUUGUGUAGUUUUCCGCUUUUGACUUGAUAGUUCAACAUAGGCAACCCACAUAACACCAAAACACAGGCCAUUACAAACAGAAAUAAACUUUUCUAUUUUUAUUUUAAAUAUUCAAUUGUUAAAACAAUUAAAUAACAAAUCAAAACAAAUUUGUCACAUCGAAAAAAGUCACGCAAUCAAAGAAAAUGAAAUUUUUACCCGGAACCAUUUUCAAGCGUUUUUUUAACUCGACGCGUCUCACCUAUGAAAUCCCCGAUGAGUACCACAAUUCUUUUUAUUUGGCAAACGCGUCCCUGUUGCAGAUAGUAAACUACUUUAUUCAUUCAUCCUACAAAGUGAUAUUCCCUGAACUGAUUGAAAAGGUAGUAUCAUACUGGAAUUGUUCGCCUGGAGAAGCCGCUCUACGAAUUCGAACGUGCAUCGCGCAGUUGGACAGAUGUGACUCGGUGGUUGAUGUGUACAUUCCCCUCAGACGGUUCCACAAAGGCAUGCCCAAUUUGACCAUGGUCAGAGCAAACCGGGCUUAUCACGCGACUGCAUUCUAUGAUAAAUCUUUAGGAGGUUUACGUUUUGAUCCUGACUUAAAAAGAUACAACUCACAAGGUUUUGCUGCUCAUCAGACAUAUCGCAACGCUUUGUUUGGAAUGGCCACGGCUGGAUCAGCAGGUGGGAUAAAAUUCUGCCCCUAUGUGUUGGAUGCUUCUGAGAUGCAAGAUCUUUUGGCUGAAUUUAUAUCAAGUUUUCCGAAAUUCCAUAACUUAAACGAUAUGAUUGAGCCUGACCUUGGAUCAACCUCAAAAGAAAUGGACAUUUUGAGAUCAUACCAUAACCUAGCUCCACAUAUUACUAUCCUUGGCAAAAGUGAAGCUCUGGGUGGGAUUCCUGAUCAUAAAAAAGCAAGUGGAAGGUGUACUAUCCAAAGUAUCAAGCGAUUCUUAGCAAAUGAAAAGAUUGCUAAUCGUGUUGGUUUUUCUGAACUACAAGACAGGACUUAUGUCAUUCAAGGAUUAGGCCAAGCAGGCAAAGACAUAGCGUUAAUGUUGCACAAAGAGGGCGCUUUAUGCAUUGGGGUCCGAGAACAUGACUGCAUGCUCUAUGAACCGGCGGGGAUUCAUGUCAAAGCCUUAUUUAAACAUAUUACUAAGUUUGGUACAAUGCGCGGAUUCAACCCGAAAUGUCGUGAAUAUGAUUUGGAUUCGUUAUUCACGCAACCGUGUGAUAUUUUAAUAUUAUCCGCAUUAGAGCGGAGCAUUUCUUGCAAAAUUGCGGAUAAGGUUCAAGCGAAAGUUCUGGUAGAAGUGGCUAACCUUCCCAUCUCACCUACAGCCUACCGAAUACUUGUCAACAGCAAUAAGCUUGUAAUUCCUGGGAUUUUAGCAGGCGCUGGACCAUCUUUAAUGUCUUACUAUGAACAUUCCGUCAGAUCCGGAAAGAAUAAUAUAGAUCCUCAAAAUGUUCCGGAUUUGUUUAAUACAUCACUUCAAUCAGCCAUCGAUGAUGUGAUUGAUAUCGAAGAGAAACUGAAAUUAAACUUUAACUUUCUGGAAGCGUCUUAUGUGCGCGCAAUUCGCCAUCUUUUCAAGCGCAUUAUCAAACACCAAUUGAUGGCAGAGAAUACGAAGCAGAAAAUGAUUGGUAUGCAGUAAACUUUAUUUCGUACUUAUUUUGUUUCGUUUCGAGUAUAUAAAAAAACAUUUUGUGAUUAGGAUGUGUGUAAAUGUCAUCAUUGAUAUGUCACUUGUACUAUAAUUAAAUCUCCAUUCUCGUUUC